UUCUCCUCCUCCUAGCAGGUGUGGAAGGAGUGACGUCACAAACCUGCUCAGGUUUGUUGAUUCCGCUCAACUUCUGUGAGGAAAUAUUCUACUUUAUCGUAUUAUUAUUGUUAUUGUUAUUAUUAUUAAUAUUAUGGAUAAACUCAAGUCUGUUUUGAGCGGCGAGGAAACGCGACGAGAGGACAGAACGGUCCUCGAAACUGUGAAUGAAGCUUCCACACUUGGAUGGGGAACACGAAUCAAAGGAUUCAUCGCCUGCUUCGUUAUUGGGGGAGUAUGUGCAAUUCUUGUGAGUACUACUAGUACUACUAGUACACUUGGCGUGUGCCUGCUCUUCCUCCCCAGGAUCGGCAUCAUCCUCUUCAUCGUCUUUUACACCUUCGGCAACGUCUGCGCUCUGUGCAGCACCAUGUUCCUGAUGGGCCCCGUCAAGCAGCUGAAGAGGAUGUGUGACAAGACAAGAGCCCUGGCCACCGCCAUCAUGAUCACUUGUCUGGUGUUGACGCUCUGUGCUGCCUUCUGGUGGAAAAACUUUGGUCUGGCUCUGCUGUUUGUCAUCUUGCAAGUCCUGUCGUUUACUUGGUACAGCCUUUCCUACAUCCCAUUUGUCAGGGAUGCCAUAUUGAGGCUGGUGGCCAUGUGCAUGAAGUGAGGACCACUCAGGCUGCAUGAAGACCUGUCCUGGUUGGAGAUUGUGUCACUCAACCCGCCGCAUUCUGUAUAUUUUAUUAUUAUUCGCACAGCUCUUUGCUUUGUUGACACUGCUGUAUUUUUAUGAAUAUAUGCAUUGUUUUUCCAUUCAGAAGGCUUUUUUAAUUUGAAUGUUUCCGAUACAUGUGCAGUACUUGAAGUAUUUUAUUCACCGAUGAAUAAAUAAGUCAUAAUUACAA